AUGGCUGCCAACCAAAGAGACGGGGCUAACAACAAUAAUGGUCAAAAUCACAUCACUCAGGACCAAAAUGUGCGAGCAUUAAGAGAUUAUGUGUUCCCUGCUGUCACAGGAAUGCACUCGUGCAUUAGACCGCCGACUGUUACUGCCAAUAACUUUGAGAUUAAGCCGGCGAUGAUACAAAUGGUUCAUAAUUCUGUCCAGUUUGGUGGUCUCCCCAAUGAGGAUCCUAACUUGCACAUAGUGAACUUCCUUGAGCUAUGUGCAACGUUCAAGUUUAAUGGGGUAAGCGAUGAUGCAAUAAAAUUGAGACUGUUCCCUUUCUCACUAAGGGACAGGGCAAAAAGUUGGCUUAUUUCUCUACAGGCCAACUCAAUCAAUACAUGGGAGGAUCUAGCUCAGAAGUUUCUCUCCAAGUUCUUUCCUCUUGCAAAAGUUGCCAAGUUAAGGGGGGAAAUCAAUAACUUCUAUCAGAAUGAGGGAGAGUCAUUGUACGAUGCUUGGGAAAGAUUCAAAGACCUACUUAGGAAAUGCCCUCAUCACGGUAUUGAGAAGUGGAUGUUAGUCCAUAAUUUUUAUAAUGGGUUGUGCGGUACUACUCGCACUAUCAUAGAUGCACCAGCAGGUGGGGCUUUCAUGAGUAAAGGGGCUGAUGAGGCCUAUGAAUUAUUAGAAGAGAUGGUUGCUUCAUUGACAAAGAAGUUGCAACAAAACAAGAUAUCAGCUCAAGCCCAGGCUAUACAGAUGCAAUCAGGGCGUGAAUUAUGUGGAGGGCCUCAUUUGUAUGAACAGUGUACAGUGGCCAACAUGUAUGGUAGUAUGCGAGUUGAUCAGGCUCAAGUACAGGCAGUUGGUAAUUUUCAGAGGCCAUAUCAAAACCCGUUCUCCAACACUUACAAUCCUGGGUGGAGAAAUCACCCAAAUUUCUCAUGGAGAAACAAUCAAGGUCAACAGUCACAGUUUCAAGGGCCAUACCAGCAGAACAUGUCACAACAGCCUAUGAAUCAAGCCUCAUCGUCACACCAGCCUAGGCCACAAGAUCAACUAGAAAAGCCUAAUGAUUUGCAAGCAGCUUUGUUGACUCUCACUAAUACUCAGACUCAAUUCAAGAUUGAGACCAGAUCCUCUAUUCAAAACCUUGAGACACAAGUGGGUCAGUUGGUCAACAUGCUUAAUAACAGACCGCAAGGGAAUUUGCCUAGUAAUACUGUAGUAAAUCCUAAGGAGAACUAUCAAGCAAUUUCCUUGAGGAGUGGUAAGUAA